UAUAUAUGAUCAUACUCAUACCACAUGUUAUAUCACUACGAAAUAAAAUGGUACUGUAAUGAAAAAUUAAUAAAAAAAUUAAAUUAAAUAAUUUUUAAAGUGAAAUAUGUCAGACGAUUAUCAGCGAUUAGCAGUUCAUUAUUCAGCGUGUAACGAGUUUUUUUAUAGAACCCAGGAUUGUGAAAAACAGAAUCUGCUUACACGAGCAUUUGGAGGGUGUUCACAAUUUUACGUUGAUUUGCAAAAGUGUAUAAGACGUCAAAGAAGAAUUCAACAGGAAGCAAAUCAUAAAUUAGCCAUAGAAAGGAGAGAAAAAAUUAAAGAAAAUUUGACUGAAAUUAAAGAGAAGGGUUCAAGUUAAAAGUACAGAUAAUUUUAUUAAAAAUAUAAUAAUAUAACAGAAUGGAUGACAUCAAUGAGCAGGAUGAUGAGAUUGAUGUAAAAGAUAAGAAUGAAAAAGAGGACGAAGAAAUAGAUGACGGUGAUGAUGGAUAUGAGUUUCCUCCCGAUGACAAUGUCGUUGACAUGCUGGAUGAAGUCCCAUUGGAUCAAGAGUUAAAGUGCGUAACUGAUAGAUAUUUUACUCCAUACUACAAACUAGAUGCGCAGAAAAAAAACAAUGAUGUCUGUAUUAGAAUACACAGUAAUCGCAUCUGCAUGAUAUCUUUGGCGCCAAGUCAUCCUGCCAUGCAAAAAUGCAACGAAAUCGAAAAAAUAAAUUUCAAAGUCACUGAGAAAUUGGACAGAGCGUCGAAUAAAGUCUCGGGUAAAGGCAAACAUGGCGCCCAGCCACUGCAGGAAAACUCUAAUAUUUGCUUCAUCACUCUGACAAACGGGGAAACGUGGCCCAUAAAAUGUUGCAUGAUUGGUAAAUUGAUUGAAGUUAAUCUAGAGCUGGUGAAUAAUCCUCAGCUGAUUCGAGAACUUCCUCACAGAGGAGGAUAUCUUGCGAUCGUGUUACCAAAUAUUAAAGUCCACGAAACGAUGAGGGACAAACUGCUGGACGAAGAGAGUUACCUGAAAGCUGUUGCUCAGCGGAAAGAAAAUCCUGAUACUGAAAACAGCAACGCAAUUAAACGAGUGAGGAAUGGCGAGGACACAGCGGAGAGAGAAGCAAAAGUAAUAAAAACUUUAGAGUAGAUAUUUUUGUUUUUGUUUAUUGUGUAACAUAAAUCAUGUGAAAUAAAUUAAGCGUUUGUACUUUAUUCACUAUACAGUAAAAUACAUAUUUAUAAUUAUU